AGAGACAUCGUUGGAAAACUAACUUCCAAUAAACAAGGAUUAAAUGCAUUGCUGCGUAGCUGCGUAGGUAUUUUGACUCGAAAAAAAGUUUAGUUUCACGAGGGAACAGAAUGUUACAACUUUACAACUAACUUUCUUUUUGUGAACAACAUAAAUGUUUAUAGUUUUAACUGCGUUGUCUAGAAAGUUGAGCGUGAUUGCAGGGACAAACUAUUGAAGCGACUUAGCCAGCGGUAGUUAGCGAACUUGCAUGUUAACGUAGCUCUAGAAACAUGUCUGCAAACUGGCUAGCUAGCGUGCUAGGCGUGUGGUACUUUACUGCCAAUUAACUUCAAAUAGGUUUUACACUAUUUGACGUUACGUUACCCAGUUCUAUCAACCGUUUAUUCAAUAGUUUCCGUCUUUUAUAGAUUGUGAAAACUGUUCGUAAAUUACCCAGGGACAUUGCAGAAUCAGCUAGCUUGCUAACGUUAAUGGCUUUAGUUUAGGCAGCAAGAUUGGGCAAAGUUUGUGUGCGUGUGCUCCUGAAGAUUGGAUGAUCUCUGGCCAUGGAUUAGGCACCGAGUGAGAACAAAUUUUAACCGUCCCCGGAGCAUACGUAGCUUUCAACAACAGUGGAGUGUCACUGUUCGCAGGACAACUGAAGUGGCCGAAUACCUUCUGAAAAAUGAAUGACUUUUUCGUUCCUGGAAGUCAGUUGCGAAUCUGUGCUUUCUUGAAUAAAACAUCUGGGAUUGUUUAGCACAAUUCUGCAGUUGCGGGAAAGACUGGCUGGCUAUUUGGCUAGCUAGGUCGUAAAAAAAAAAAAAAGUUGGCUCUACUGGAAAUCUUUGAAUCCAUGCUGGGACGAGGGAAAGGGCCACCAGAUGGGAGCUCGGCAGCUGCAAUAAAUUGGAGUUGUGGCUGAGGAAGUUUUUUUUUUUUUUUUCUUGGGAAAUUGAAACAUCAAAUACGAGCUACAUGACAGACAAUGACUGCUUUCAUGGAUAUUUCAUUCAAACAAGCUUUGAAGAAACCACCCUCACUGCGGACGGCAGAGGAUCUGAACACCAUCUACUGCCACCUGUACCACAUGGACGUGUUGUCUCACCUCCGCGAGCACCAGCUCAGGUCCAUGUGCACCUCGGCCCACUACGAGAAGUACGAAGCCAACCACGUCCUGUUCUACCCGGACCACGUCUCCACCUGCUGGUACAUCCUGCUCUCGGGGUCGGUGUUCGUGAAGGAGCACAUGUACCUGGCCCGCUGCUGCUUUGGGAAGCAGUUGGGAGGCAGAAGAGGCUGUGAGUGCAUCACCCUGGAGCCGUCCGAGAUGAUCGUGGUGGAGAACAGCCAGGAGGGCGGAGACCUGGGUCUGCACCGAGACGCUCCCCACAGGCGUUCACGCCGACGCUUUCACAAAGUCAACCACCGCGGGGAGAGAGAGCUCAUCACCGACACACACGGCCCCACAGCGCUGAGCCUUCCCGGGGACCUCAGCAAAAUGCACCUCACAGACCACGCCCACCAGCAGGUGAUGCAGGUCCCGCCCAGCCAAUCGGGAUGCAGCAUCGCCAGCGACUCGGGGAGCAGCAGCCUAUCGGACAUCUACCAGGCCACGGAGAGCGAGAUGGGGGACGUGGACCUCUCCGGGCUGCCCGAGGCUCCGGUGGACUCUGAGGAAGAGGAGGAGGAGGAUGAGGACAUGGAGCGGGCGUCCGACCCCCUGCUGGGGCGGGACGUGGUGCGCGAGUGUCUGGAGAAGGAGCCGGCCGAUCGAAACGACGACGACAUCGAGCAACUGCUGGAGUUCAUGCACCAGCUCCCCGCGUUCGCCAACAUGACCAUGUCCGUGCGGCGGGAGCUGUGCACCGUCAUGAUCUUCGAGGUGGUGGAGCAGGGCGACACCGUGGUGCUGCACAACGGACAGGAGCUGGACCUGUGGUACGUGAUCCUGAACGGCUCGGUGGAGGUGAGCCAUGCUGACGGCAAGAUGGAGCUCCUGUGCAUGGGGAACAGCUUCGGCAUCUCCCCCUCCCUGGACAAGCAGUACAUGAGCGGCAUGGUGCGCACCAAGGGCGAAGACUGCCAGUUCGUCUGCAUCGCCCAGGAGGACUACUGGAGGAUCCUCAACCACGUGGAGAAGAACACGCACAAGGUGGAGGAGGAGGGGGAGAUCGUCAUGGUGAAGGAGCACCGUGAACUCGAUCGCAGCGGGACCAGGAAGGGCCACAUCGUCAUCAAGGGCACCCCGGAGCGGCUGAUCAUGCACCUGGUGGAGGAGCACUCGGUGGUGGACCCCACGUACAUCGAGGACUUCCUGAUGACCUACCGCACCUUCCUCAACAACCCCAUGGAGGUGGGCCGCAAACUGCUCGACUGGUUCCAGGUGGACAGUCUCAGGGACAAGGUCACACGCGUCGUGCUGCUGUGGGUGAACAACCACUUCAACGACUUCGAAGGCGACCCCGCCAUGACGCGCUUCCUGGAGGACUUCGAGAAGCUUCUGGAAGCUACGAAAAUGAAGGGCCACCUGCGGCUGCUGAACAUCGCCUGCGCGGCCAAGGCCAAGUGGCGGCAGGUGACGCUGCUGAAGCCGUCGCGCGAGUCCCCGCUCUUCUUCAGCCUGCAGGGCGGCAGCGAGCGCGGCUUCGGCGUCUUCGUGGAGUCCGUGGAGGAGGGCAGCAAGGCGGCCGAGGCCGGCCUGAAGCGCGGCGACCAGAUAAUGGAGGUGAACGGGCAGAACUUUGAGAACAUCACUUUCUCCAAGGCUAGGGACAUACUGUGGAACAACACACACCUCUCGCUCACUGUGAAGACCAACAUAUUCGUGUUCAAAGAGCUGCUGAGUCGGAUCUCUCAGGAGAAGAAGAACGGCGUUCCCCACAUUCCCAAGAUCCAGGAGAAGAAAGGGAACCGCUACUCCAUCCCGGACCUCCCCGGGGACAUUGAGUUCUCCACGGAGAAGGCCCACAAGAAGAUGAAGGCCAACACGAUGUCCGGAGGACGCAACAAGAUCCGGAAGAUUCUGCUGAACACUCGCUUCAGCAUCCUGCCCCCCAAGCCCUUCAGUGAUGGGGGAGUGAGUCAGUCUCAGGAUGACAGUCUGGUGGGCACCAGGCAGUGCAGGCACAGCGUGGCCAUCAUGCCUGUCCCCGGCUCCCUCUCCUCCAGCAGCCCUGACCUGCUGCAGCCGGCCGCCAGCGUGCUCGACUUCUCCAACCCCGCAGACAUCCCGGACCAGGUGAUCCGCGUGUUCAAGGCGGACCAGCAGAGCUGCUACAUCAUCAUCAGUAAGGACACCACGGCGAAGGACGUGGUGUCCCACGUGCUGAACGAGUUUGGGCUGGGGUCGCCCCCGGAGACCUACGCCCUGUGUGAGGUGUCCAUCAGCCCCGAGGGCGUCAUCAAACAGAGACGCCUCCCCGACCAGCUGGGCAAGCUGGCCGACCGCAUCCAGCUCAACGGCAGGUACUACCUGAAGAACAACAUGGAGACGGAGACGCUGUGCUCGGACGAGGACGCCCAGGAGCUGCUGCGGGAGAGCCAGAUCGCCCUGCUGCAGCUCAGCACGGUGGAGCUGGCCGCCCAGCUGUCCAUGCGCGACUUCGAGCUCUUCCGCAACAUCGAGUCCACCGAGUACGUGCAGGACCUGUUCAAGCUGCUCCCCUCCUCGGGCGGGGCCCCCGCCGCACGCCUCAAGCAGUUCGAGGAGAUCAUCAACCAGGAGACCUUCUGGGUGGCCACGGAGAUCCUGAAGGAGCCCAACGCCAUGAAGAGGAUGAAGACCAUCAAGCUCUUCAUCAAGAUCGCGCUGCACUGCCGCGAGUGCAAGAACUUCAACUCCAUGUUCGCCAUCAUCAGCGGGCUGAACUUGGCUCCGGUGGCCCGCCUCCGAGGAUCAUGGGAAAAGCUGCCCAGUAAAUACGAGAAGCUGUUCCGGGACCUGCAGGAGAUCUUCGACCCGUCGCGCAACAUGGCCAAGUACCGCAACGCCCUGAGCAGCCAGAGCAUGCAGCCUCCCAUCAUCCCCCUGUUCCCCGUGGUGAAGAAGGACCUGACCUUCCUGCACGAGGGGAACGACUCGAGUGUGGAGGGGCUGGUGAACUUUGAGAAGCUGCGGAUGAUCGCCAAGGAGAUCCGGCACGUUGUGCGCAUGACCUCCGCCAACAUGGACCCCGCCCUCAUGUUCCGACAGAGGAAGAAGAGGUGGAAGAGUCUCGGGUCCCUCAGCCAGGGCAGCACGAGCUCCACCCUGCUGGACGUGCAGGGCGGCGCGCAUAAGAAGCGCGUGCGCCGCAGCUCGCUGCUCAACGCCAAGAAGCUGUACGAGGACGCGCAGAUGGCCCGCAAGGUCAAGCAGUACCUGUCCAACCUGCAGGUGGAGACGGAUGAGGAGAAGUUCCAGAUCCUGUCCCUGCAGUGUGAGCCCGCCUACAGCACCCUGUCGAAGAACCUGAGCGAGCGGCGCUCCACCAAGUCGGACGUGUCGCCCGUGUCUCUGCGCUCCGCCCUGCCCUCGGCCAAGGCCCACGCCCAGAACCGCAUGAGCCAGGUGCUCCAGGUGCCCCCUGUGAGCCUGUACCCCCUGCGCAAGAAGAGCACGGCCAAGGACUAUGCCGCCCAGAACGCCGGGUCUCCUCUCGUGGUGAAGAAGCCCCCCUCGGGCCCGGCGGAGGAGUGGAGCGCCCCCAAGCGGCCGGCCGAGGACACCCUGUCCACCGUGUCGUCCCUGCACUCCAGCCCCACCGUGUCCCCGCUGGACUCGCCCCGCAAAGCGGGCGGAGCUCCUAAGUCCCAGAGCAGUGCUCAGAUGACCCUCUCGGGCUCCUCCUCCUCUCUGACGAGUGACGCCAGCACCAAGGCCAGCGGCUCGCGGAGCUACGGGAUAGGCUACACGCUGAUGCCGGUGGGUAAGGGCGAGAGCCUGUCGGACUCCAGUCACAGUGAGAUCUCGUCCCGCUCCAGCAUCGUCAGUAACUGCUCUGUGGACUCCAUGCCCCUCCCGGGGGCGGAGGAACGCUGCCCCGCCAAGCCGGACACGCCCCUCCCCGCUCCGGGACACGCCCACCCCGCCCACGGAUACGCCCACCCUGCCCACGGACCCAGCGCGUCUCUGGCGCGGCCCCCGAUUGGCCGGGCGUGCGUGUUCCCGCCGUCGGCGAGCCGCGAGGAGCCGGCGCCCGACCCCGUCGCCCUGGAGACGGCGGACAGCGGGCGGGGCAGCUGGACGUCCUGCUCCAGCAACUCCCACGACAGCUUCCAGAACCUUCCGCCGGCGCAGCGGGGCGCCUGGGACCCGGCCGCCUUCCGCCACGCCCCGCUGGGCGGGGCCAUCGCCGAGCUGGGCGGGGCCAUCGCCGAGGCGGAGGCGGGCCCCGCGGGUUGGCGCGACGACGGCUCCGAGCUCGACCAAUCGCGGCAGAGCUGGGCGUCGUCCAGCUCGCUGUCGGACACGUACGAGGGGAACUACGGCACCGUCAAGCGCCGCGCCGCGGAGGCCGUCGCCGGGGACACGCCCGGCAACGCCGCCGACCCCGCCUACAAGACCAUCACCUCCAGCACAGAGAAGGGGCUGAUCGUGUACUGUGUGACGUCCCCCACCAAGGACGAUCGGUUCAGGGGCCCUCCACCGACCCCCCCCGGAUACCAGGGCAUCUCCCUGGGGGACGUGCAGCACGGAGUCCCCCGGCCCCCCCACCUAAAGCCACCCGACUAUAGCGUGGCGCUGCAGAGGUCUAAGCUGCUCCAGAGCCCCUCGGGGCUGCCCCUGGCCCUGCCCGCGGACGGCCUGAUUCAGGCGAAGAGGCUGGCGCACAGCCAGCCGCGGCCGGGCAGCGUAGCCCUCCCCGGCCAACCCGAUAGCGAGGACGAUGAUGAGCAGGUCUCGGCCGUGUAGGUCCCUGUCUGGCGGACAGACAGACAGAUGGACGGACAAGACAGAGACAAGAGUCUCGUGGGGGAGGAGUCACAUAAGCUAGACCGGCCAAUUGGCACGUCCCCUCGCCCUGCCUUUCCCAGAGUUCUCACUUAAACCCAGAUGGGGGGGGGGCAGAAACCAUUCCAUGUACACGAGGGCAGACUGGGGCUGUUUUUAACCUCUCUCACACACACACACACACACACACACACACACACACGCACACUCCUGGAAGAGUGACCUUAGGACCAGGGAAUUGUCCUGGCCUUCCCGUUAGCACUCGCUGGGGAACGGGAAGAGGUGGGACGGACGUUCACUCGCACGGAGUCGGACAUAAACCGUGUGAAACUGAAGUCAAUCGAUUCCAUGGCAGGGUUUUACAUCUCCAGGCUCAGUUUUUAUUUAUUUAUCUUUUUUAAAAGAGAAAAAAGGGUUUUUAAUUGCUUUUAUUUGUCUGAAGUUUUUUUUAUUUUAUUUUUUUUAGAUUCUUUGCAAUUUUGGCAGCAUGCUCUCAUGUAUAAAUACGAAACGUGUGAUUAUUACGUACCCAGAAAGGGAAGAUUACAGAAGAACACUUUUUCUUUGUUAAUGAAGCAGAAUUUCUGUCCGAAUGUUAAAUUCAGAACUGAAAGAGUUCUAGCUUGCCCUCUGUUUUGAUGUUGUCUGUGUUUAGAUCAUAAAACUGCUUUCCCGGUUGAGUGAUAUCUCAGGCCAUUGAGAAUGCUCUGGCCCAUUCCUUGCUUUGACUGCGUUAAUUCAGUGGACCACAUGAGGUACUGCAGUGGCCUAGUCCGCGUAUAUGUUCAUUAUACCCUGUAUACCUUUUGUUUGAAGUUGAUUUGAAAGGAUAGCCCCCCCCAAAAAAAAAAUACAACGAAGCUAAAUUUCCGCUUACCCAGACUGCUGUCUAACUGCCGAGAUAUCUAGAUAGCUACCGGUACAACAGACCACAAUGUGGCCAGUGUUUUUGCUGCUCAAAGCGCCAAAACAUUUUUAUUGAGAUUUAAAAAAAAAGGCUCUUUCCACAUAUGACAUGGUUUCUUAAGAACAUCCGCAGGCCCACGCUUGUGCACGGUUUCAUCGGAAACCACUUUCUAGUGAAGCAUGUCAACUGUUUAUCGGCUCAAAGUCUCAACCAAAGCGCACCAGACGUGCGUUCAAGAUGGCAAACGUUAAAAAAACGGUAGUGCGCGAACAAAAACUGCUGCUGGUGGGGAAAACGCAGAGAACGGAAGUUGACAGUUGUUGGCUGUUAUAAUACACUUUAACCAGUGUAAUAUUUGUUCUUACCUUGAAAGCUACACCACGGGUUAGCAGCGAAUCAGCUAACUGUUACAUUGAUGGACCUAAAUCGUAUCCGUUUGUAUUAAAAAGUCGUUGGUGGCGGACUAAAUGGAAUGUUCAUUUAAAAUCGUUCAACUAUAACGGUUUCCCGCGAGCAGUUCGCCGCUGAAGGUUGCCGCCUUGAACGCACGUUGGCAUUCUGGGCCUCAGUGUCAACGUUGUUUUAAAACAUCAUGAUAGCACUCCGGCAAAGUGUAAAUAUAGCUUCGUUUUAUUUUAGGCUGUACUGCCCCUUUAACAUGUUGGAACAACAGCACAUUCAUGCUGCAAGGGCAACACGUUUCAUUCUUGAAAUACAGACUUUUUUUUUUUUACUUUUUUUUACCGAUAUUGCAGAACACAUUUUAAGGACAAGCUUUAAAACCGUGCAGCCAACAAUUACGGAAUUGUUUACACCAGUUUGCUUGUUUACAGUGUUUUUAUUUUAUUUCAUCCAGUCGCUAAGAGCAACGUACUAAAAUGAUGAACUAUUACUUGUGUGACUGAUGUUGUGCAAACAGAUUUAUUUAAGCAGUUUGAAUUAUGUGGAUGCAGCACUGUUAACACAAAAUGUGUUUGGUCUUCAGCGUACCUCAACUGCGAUAUCAGCCAUCAAAAACUGGAACGUACCUUUUCCUGGAAACAAAGGAUGUAAAAAGUUAACUGAUAAUUUUUAGUUAAGGGGAAAUGUAUUUAUAUGUCAGAUUUUUUCCUCCUGCUUUGCCACAUAAGCCCAUGAACAAGUCGAAUGCUUUGUGUGAAAUGUGCCGGUGGUUCCGCUUGACGCUAAUGAUUGCUGCCCAUUGUAAGCAAAUAUGUAUUUGUAUAUUCUAAUGAAAUUGCUGCCGCCUAGUGCUAAACUAGGGAACUGCAGAAGUGUAUAAUAUUUAGGGAUAUAACUGGAGUAUCUCUGUCUUUUUUUUCCUUUUGCUGUUGGGACCCAGUGUUUAUUUUGUAUCAUUUUGCCAUAAAAAAAGACUUGAAUAUAUUAAUGGUAAUAUAUACAUAUAUAAAUAUAUACAUAUAUUUUUGGUUUAUUAUAAAUGAAUGUCACUGAUCAUGUAUAGUUGAGAAAAGAAAGCUAUCUGUAAAGACUGUAUUUUUAAAUAUUUUGUUACAAUAAAAUCCGAGGUCGUGAUUGCUCUUUUUCUGUGGUAGGGCAGGAAUCUGUUGAGGAUUUAUUUUAUUGUUUCUUCUUUUCUCUGUUUCCUUGCCAUGGUUUUAUGCUUUUGUAUGCUCUGAGCUGUGCGUAAGUUUGACUUUUAAGGAUCCGCGCGAACGUUGCGCGUUUGGCUCGGUCGCCUCGGAAACCCGGCGUGAUGAGGCUCCUCCCCUCGUCCUUCUCAGUGGGGAACUCUGGGUAAACCGGACGCAGACUGCCGGCUCCUCAGAGGUGAGCAGGCGACACGAACUUCGAAACUCCGUCGGCUGUUUAGACCGGUCUCUCCCUUCCCCUCCAAAGCACAUCUGCCUUCUCAACAGGGAGGGGCUCUUCUGAGCUCGCUCUGCCAAUCAUUCCACUGUCCCCGCCCUCGUAGUGCAAGCUCCGCCCACUUUGGGCCUGCACAUUCACCAGAAGCCUGAACGAAACGUAGUAUUACCGUCGUACCGCCACAAACUGAAAACAAACCGCAGGUAUAUAAAUAUAUAUAGACAGAGAUGGAUAUUCCUGAUCUUUAUAUUUUCCUAAUUUAAACAAAACGACUGUAGAUUCAUGUAAAUAUUACUACAAAUGGACAUCGACGGCGGCGAUGUUUUUUUUUGUUUGUUUUUUUUGCGCUUUUCUCUUUUUUCAGCGAGCAGUGUGGCUUGCUUCUGCAUGGCCUUGCUGUGUUUCAGGUGAGCUGAUCAUAUUGAUCAGGUGUCGGUAGCAGACGCCUCUGUUAUCUGGUGGAGUCUGAGGGAAAGUAGCCCUUCCUGUCCUGUGCGUUCUGACGCGCGUCUCACUGUGCUUGGUGAAAGCUGACUUCACACGCCCUUCACAGACCCUGUUCUCCAUGUGUGUGCAGAGUGAACCGUGAGUAUAUGGACCCGCCUCUCUCGAUGUCACACCUUAACCGACGUUAAGCUCCAUGUUCGUUUUAAUCCGAAGUUUCGCCUUUCCGUACGGCAUUUGGGUUCAUGUGACAGGGAUGUACCAGAUAACCGCCUCUUUGCGCACCUGAGAUUGUGGCGUAUUCGUUUGAAGGUUCCGUACCUGUCUCUCGACGUUACCGCUCCUUACCAGAACAUCCAAAGGCUAUUUUUUCUAACUUUGCUCCUGACGACACUGGAAAACUCUAUUUUCUAUUUCUAUUCCAUUUCCCCUGCGCUUGCUGGUCGCUGGUCUCUAAUGUAGUCUCUGGAAUGCAAUAAGCGCGAUGUGAACUUUCUGUAAAGCUAAUGUGGACAUCUGGCAGAACGGAACAAUUGUAAACAUGCCGGUAGCAAUUGUACUGCACAUGUCUGUAAAACAAGUAUUAUUCUGUCUUAUACGCUUCUGUCUCCGACUUUUGAUAGCUGUUGUUAAUUAUGUCUUUUAGAAAGACAAUUUUGCUUGUAUGCUUUUUGUAUUUUUACCGGUGAGUGUAAAUAUUUGUUAUAUUUUUGUUUAAAAGAAUGUUUUAAAAAAGUACUGUUUAUUUCUCCAAGUCUACUGAUAUGAGUUUGGACAACAAUAAACUAUGUUAAACAUUA